UCCAAUGGUUUACUGAUAAAAUAAGAAACUGUCUAACCGAUUUGCUCUUCAUUUGUAUCAUUGACUUUUUUUAGUAAAUUGUUGGCCUUAAUUAUGAAUCCAGUGAUUGGUUAUUGGACAUAUCGUGGCAAUGUUGAGCCCAUCUUGUUGUUACUCAAACAAGCUGACCAACCCCUCCAAAUGAAAACCUACAAACAGGGAGUUGGACGAGAUUAUCUUGGUAUUGAAUGGCCAACUGAUAAGAAACAGUUGAACUUGUUUUAUCCCAACUUGCCUUAUAUCGUUGAUGGAGACAUUAAGAUAAGUCAGACUUUGGCUAUUCUCCGUUAUCUGGCUCGUAAACAUGAUUUAGGACCAAGAAAUGAACUGGAAACAAUCCGAUCCGAUAUUGCUGAACAAGGUGCCUUUGAAAUGAUGUGUUCAUUAUGGUCAGCUUGGUACGUUGAGACUAACCAAGAAUAUGAGAAUCGUCGACCUGGUUUGGAGUCUUAUUUGGUUGAGAAGUUGGUUCACACCGAGGACGUUCUUGAUUCCAACAAAUUCAUCCUCGGUGAUCGAGUUACUUACGUUGACUUUUUACUCUACUCAACACUCGACUACAUCAGACUGUAUAAAGCUUCCUUGCUGGAUUCCCAUGAAAACCUGAGAAAAUUUCUUGACCGAAUUGAAGCUUUGCCCAAAAUUAAACCCUAUUUCGACGAUGAAAAUUUCACUCGAUUCCCAAUCAUUGGAUCGCGAGCCAAGUUUGGUCAUUACAAACCAGUUGUUUAAUUGGUAAAACCUUAAAAUCUAUACAAAAUAUCCAUUCUCUGUUAAUUAAUGUUAAUUAUCAAAUAUAAUGUUGUUUAAAAAACGUACAUGCAAUGGUUAAUAAACAGUUAAUGAAAUCAAUGGGAUCGAUCCAAAAUUAACAGUUUCGUAACCAAAAUGUAUGAAAGUCGAGGAAAAACGUGAAAAAAUUAUCAUUAUAUUAAUAAAGGUAGUUUACUGAAUUUAGAACAA